AUGUAUGGUCAUGUUGCUCAAUUGUCAUCCAGCAUUCGGGCUGGUGUAGAGAGCAUCGGUUGUGAAUGUCGAGUUUUUCAAGUAGCUGAGACAUUGCCAGAUGAUGUCUUAAGCAAAAUGUAUGCUCCGCCUAAGAAUAAACAUGUGCCAAUCAUUCGUCCUGAACAAAUGACCGAGGCUGAUGGUUUUCUUUUCGGUAUUCCAACACGUUUCGGCACCAUUCCAGCUCAGAUCAAGGCAUUUUUCGACGCAUGCGGUGGCCACUGGCUUUCUGAUGCACUUAUUGGCAAGCCGGCUGGCGUUUUCUUCUCAACGGCGACGCUUGGUGGUGGCCAAGAGACAACUGCUCUUUCUUGUAUACCAUUUUUUACUCAUCUUGGCAUGCCUUUUGUUCCUCUUGGAUACAAAAAUAAAGCUCUCAUGAAUCUUGAAGAAAUUCACGGUGGAUCGCCAUACGGAGCUGGAACACUUGCUGGUACAAAAGGUGAACGGCAACCGUCACAACUUGAACUUCAAGUUGCUGAGACACAGGGUAGCGAAUUUGGCAAAUUUCUUAGCAAAUUAGUUAAUGGGACAUCCUCUACAUGA